CGCUCGGUGCAUUGUACUGGGGUUUAUACCGGUUGCAACGGUAUCACCGCUCCACAGUCCUCCAAGGAAGCACAGAAGAAAACGUUACUAGUUAUCCUCUCACUUCAUACCUAACCAAGAAACAUGUGUGACGACGAAGUAGCAGCUUUGGUAGUCGACAAUGGCUCGGGAAUGUGCAAGGCCGGAUUCGCCGGUGACGAUGCACCUCGUGCCGUCUUCCCUUCAAUUGUCGGCAGACCACGUCACCAGAUUGUCAUGGUUGGUAUGGGUCAGAAGGACAGCUAUGUAGGAGAUGAGGCCCAAAGCAAGAGAGGUAUUCUCACCCUGAAGUACCCCAUCGAGCACGGAAUCGUCACCAACUGGGAUGAUAUGGAGAAGAUCUGGCACCACACUUUCUACAACGAACUGCGUGUUGCCCCAGAGGAGCACCCAGUCCUGCUGACUGAGGCCCCAUUGAACCCCAAGGCUAACCGUGAAAAGAUGACACAGAUCAUGUUCCAGACAUUCAACACCCCAGCCAUGUACGUCGCCAUCCAGGCUAACCUGUCCCUGUACGCUUCCGGUCGUACCACCGGUAUCGUGCUGGACUCUGGAGAUGGUGUCAGCCACACCGUCCCCAUCUACGAGGGUUACGCGCUGCCCCACGCCAUCCUCCGUCUGGACUUGGCUGGCCGAGAUCUGACCGACUACCUAAUGAAGAUCCUCACAGAGCGCGGUUACAGCUUCACCACCACGGCCGAGAGAGAAAUCGUGUGUGACAUCAAGGAGAAGCUGUGCUACGUCGCCCUGGACUUCGAGCAGGAGAUGGCCACGGCUGCUGCCUCCUCCUCCCUGGAGAAGAGCUACGAGCUUCCCGAUGGACAGGUCAUCACCAUCGGCAACGAGAGGUUCCGUUGCCCAGAGGCCAUGUUCCAGCCAUCUUUCCUCGGCAUGGAGUCCACUGGUAUCCACGAAGCCACCUACAACUCCAUCAUGAAGUGCGACAUUGAUAUCCGUAAAGAUCUGUACGCCAACACCGUCCUGUCCGGUGGCACCACCGUGUACCCAGGUAUUGCCAACAGAAUGCAUAAGGAGAUCACUGCCCUUGCGCCGAGCACCAUGGAGAUAAAGAUCAUUGUUCUACCAGAGAGGAAGUACUCUGCAUGGAUCGGUGGCUCCAUCCUGGCUUCCCUGUCCACCUUCCAGCAGAUGUGGAUCAGCAAGCAGGAGUACGAUGAGUCCGGCCCAUCCAUUGUGCACCGCAAGUGCUUCUAGGUUAUCUCUCUCUCUCUCUCUCUAUGAUCAAGACGAAGAUA